CCACCCUUUCCCCUUUCUCCACAGUUUCCAUUUCUUUUUUUUUUUUUUCCCUUUCCCCGUUUACUCUCCAGCCACUGACGCUCACUCCAUCACUCUCUUAGCUGUGUUUUUAAUCGUCCCUUCUCUCUCUCUCUCUCUCUCGCUCUGACUUCCCCUGGUUCCCGCGCCUUUAAUUUGUCGGCAGGACUCUACCGGCACCAUUCCGCAUUCGUCUCUUCUCUCUCUCACUCCCCCAACUCCCUUCCAUUCCGCAUGUUACGCCGCUCUACCUCCUCGCUCUUUCAGGUGAUCAACGCAACUUCAUGCAUUACCUGAUUCGCUUCACCGGAGUUCCCCCGGCCGGAACCGAAUCCCGCCUCGCUACCGGAGCUUGCUUUUUCCCUUCCCCUGUUUGUUUGUUUGUUCGUUCUUGCUGUGUCGUUUUCUGCUUUCUUACUGCUUUGCUUUCUUUUGUUUCUAUUGCGGCAGAUGCGGCGUGCGUGAGAAGCAAAACUUGCGGGGCCAUGGAGAGUCAAAGCAAAGGCUGGUUGUGGCGGAAGAAAUCCGGCGAGAAACCGAGCGCUGCUGCUGCUGAAAAGUCGGGCCUCCCUCUCAGACCGGACGACGAUGAGAUACAGAACCUUUUGACGGAAAAGGAGGAGUUGGAGUACAACAUCAGAAUUUUGAACGAGAAGCUCGAUUCCGCUCUCUUGGACUCCAAUGCUAAACAUAGUCUUGCCACAGAUCAUGCCAAAACAGCAAACGAAGCCAUGGAAGAAGCAAGAGGAAAGUCUCUGAAGCAAGAACUGGACGAGGCUUUACAGGAGAGAGCAGCUGGAGAGGACAGAUCCGCGCAGCUGGAUGCCGCUCUAAAGGAGUGUAUGCAACAGCUCCGCUUUGUGAGAGAAGAGCAGGAGAGAAGGAUUCACGAUGCAGUGACCAAAGCUUCCAUGGAGUUUGACGAGUCUCGAGUGAUCCUCGAAGAAAAACUGGCCGAGACGGGCAAAAGGCUAGCUAAGCUCGGGGUCGAGAAUACUCAGCUCAGCAAAGCUCUAUUGGCGAAGGAGAAGACGAUCGAAGAGCUGAAUAAGCAGAAGGCUCAGCUGGAAUCCGACUUGAAAGAUCUAAGCGUCAGCUUGGAGUUCACGGAGAAGGACAACGGUUCUCUCAAGUAUGAGGUUAGGGUUUUGGAGAAGGAGCUGGAGAUUCGGAAUGAGGAGAGGGAAUUCAGCAGAAGGACGGCUGAUGCGUCGCACAAGCAACAUCUGGAGAGCGUGAAGAAGAUUGCAAAGUUGGAAGCGGAAUGCCAGAGGCUGCGCCUCCUUGUCCGGAAGAGACUGCCGGGCCCGGCUUCCAUGGCGAAAAUGAGGAGCGAGGCGGAAAUCCUGGGGAGGGAUUCAGUUGAAUCGAGGAGGAGAAGGUCAGUUACUGGUUCUGGUUUGAUAAUGGAUGAUUAUGCUGAUGAAAGGUCUGCCACCAAAGCCAUUAACAAUUUGACUGAGCAGUUGAGUGCUGUGGAAGAACAGAACAAGGCUCUCGUCGAAGCACUCGGUAAAAAGGAGAGCGAGCUGCAAUCUUCUAGAGCUAUGUUUGCUCGUGCAGCUUCCAGAUUAUCACCACCGGUUGACUCGCGCAUUUAUGAAUCGCCCAAGUGGCGAACAUCCUUGGAGCUCUCAAAGCUGGGUCUUGUGCCCCAUGAUAUCUCACUAAGCUCGGUGUCUGAAGCUGGUAGUGAUGAUAAGGUUAGCUCUGCUGAAUCUUGGCCUUGUGCCUUGACUUCAGAACCGGAAAACUCCAAGCAUGGUAAAAAGAAUGGCUCAUUGUCCAGAAAAAGUAUUGGUGCUCCGGACAUGGAUCUGAUGGAUGAUUUUGCUGAAAUGGAAAGACUUGCAAUCGUCUCAGUGGAUAAGCAGCAGUCUGGAAGUCCUCAACUUUCUUCUAGCAAUAGCAGUGCAGUGAUUAGCCCCUUCAAACCCGAUCUUAUAGAAAGGGUAACUGGUAUGGAGAUUGUUCCAGUAUUGGAUUCUGGUUUAAGGCAAUCCAGUGAUACUACAAGUGCGAAAGCUCCUGGUUGGCUUCAGGAAAUUCUUAAACUGGUGCGGGAGCAAAACCGAGUCACUAAGAGAAAGCCUGAUGAAAUUCUGGAGGAGAUAAGAGUAGCUUUGGCAAAUGUAGAGACUAUAAGUCCCACUAAAGAUGCUGAUGGUACUCCAGUGAACUCUUCCACUCCCAUUAGUGGAUAUCUCUUAUGGAAAUCCAAAGAUAAAACUGAUAUCACUGACUUUAAUGGUGCAGCAAAUGACAUGGAUGCCCCUCAUUCUGAUCUGGGGAAGUCUGUGUCAAAGAUAUUAGAGCUGGUAGAAGGUAUUGCUAGACAGAAUCCAGGCUACACCAAUAACUCCGAGUCCGUGUCAAGCAAGGAUUCUAGUUCUUUUCCUUAUAAGACUACAGAUAUGACAAUGGGUUACACGGUCCGUGUUUUCCAGUGGAAAACCUCUGAGCUGAGUGCUGUAUUGCAGCAAUUUAUUCAUGUAUGCUAUGAUCUGCUGAGCGACAAAUGUAACAUGACCAAGUUUGCUCAGGAACUCCUGUCUGCUCUCGACUGGAUCAUAAACCAUUGCUUCUCACUUCAAGAUGUGUCGAGCAUGAAGGAAGCAAUAAAAAAGCAUCUUGAUUGGGAUUCGAAAAGCGAAGGUGAUCACGGAGAGGUUGGCAUUAUCAGCAAUGAGAAGGAUGAAGGCAAGAAGUUCAACUCAGGCUUGGCUGAUAUGAUAUCUGCCAAGGAGGCCUUGGAAGAAAGACUGAAGUCAGCGACUGAGAAGAGUGAAUCUUUGACGCUUCAAGUUCAGGAAUCAGAGAAAACCAGUGCAAGCUUGCAAUCGGAGCUGGAUAAUGUGGGAGGAUCGAGGGGAUCUAUUGAGAAUCAAAUUGAGGCUCAUAGGGUGAUGAAAGAAGAUCUUGAUACUCAACUAGUGAUGGCCAAGGCAGAACUAAGUGAGGCUCGCCGAAAACUUUCUUCCUUGGAAGUGGAACUGGAUAACAGAAAUAGCUGCUGCGAGGAUUUGGAGGCCACUUGUGUUGACUUGCAACUCCAACUUGAAAGUGUGACAGAGAACACGACCCCUAAAACUGAAGUCCAUCCUGAAGAUCAGCUUCGAACUAAUUGGGAGAUAGCAGCAGCUUCAGAAAAAUUGGCAGAGUGCCAAGAGACCAUCCUGAACCUGGGGAAGCAGCUGAAGGCAUUAGCUUCACCAAACGACGCUGCUAUAAUCGACAAGGUCGUCUCUAAGCCAGACGAAGUAAAUACAACCCCCGACACUGCCACUGGUGCCACACCCAGGGCAACGUUGACGAAUCAGAGGUCGUCACUCUUAGACCGGAUGCUAGCAGAGGACAGUGUUAAAGCCACAGCUAAUGCAGCAGCCGAACCCUUAGAAAAGAUCCUCAAUUUAAACAAAAGCAAGCACCAUAACGACGAUGAUGGUGUCACAGUUAACAGCCUGGCCAUUGUGCCUAGCCGGAAACAUGGAAUCGGAGGGCUGUGGAGGAAGUUGCUAAGGAAGAAGAAAAAAUCUGCCGCUGGGCAGAAACCACCCAUUGCAUUUCCCAAGUGAUUUCUCUACCCCUUGGAAAAGAUGGAGUUGCCUUUAUUUUCUUCUUUGGCUUGUUUCGCCUGAGCUUUGUGCAUUGCUUCUGUAGAUAUACGAACAUUGAAGCCCAGCUUGUUGGGUCCUUUUCUUGUAUUGGCGCGUCUGAAUGUGAGAAAAUAAGGAAAAGCUGCCUGGAAAGUAGUUUCCAAAGACCUUGCAGAAGGGAACAUAUCCAGUUGUAAUUGAACUCUGCAUUGUGUAUUAUCGAAAACGAAAAAGAGUUCGCAGUGUGUAAUCUUAACAUGAAGAGAGAAGAAAAUUUCUCUUUUGACACUCAACUCUCAGUCUCUGUACUCCAAGAAUCUGGCAACAUCAUGAAGACCAGCCUCCUUAUAGCAGCCGACAAUCCGGUCCAAGUAAUCGUCCC